GUGCCCUCUUUCUCCAGCUUCUCCUCCUUGUGCAACACACCAACAUCCCCAAGAACAUUGCUGCUGCCAUCAAUCAACAGCCAAACAUCCAGACUUCUGCCGUUCAUCACCGGCCAUCUUCCAAAGUUCAAUUUUCUUCGGGCUUCGAAGAAACAAAGUCGAGUACUGCGGCGGCACAGCUGUUUGCAAGCACCAUAUUACCUGUUAUAACUCCAUCUACCGUCAACAUGCCUGUUCGCAUUCCCGCUGCUACGAAAACCGAGGUCUUCUGCAUGGGCGCUGCUGGCGUCACCGGGUUUGCGCCUUUCUACCUGAUGGCCCCCGGCGCCGAGGAGCGUCUGUCUCGUCAAACCGUCAAGUGGGCUCCCAGCUGGGAGCGCAACAUCACCUUUUUCAGGAACCCCGUUGAAAGGGGCAUCCAGCGCAUAUCGCCGCCGGUUGAGCGGACUGUCAAGAGGAUUGAACACGGUCUUCCCCUCGAGAAGGCAGCCAAGAGGACAAACACGACCCUCAGGAGGAACUUUGAGAGGUUGGGCUUCAAGCCUACCUGACUGGAUCUUGAUCCAAUACAACAAUGCCACAGAGAUAGCAUGAUAAACACAGUUAGAAUACUGGAUGGUUGGAUUGCUCAACAACACAAGAUGAUUUUCGAAAUCUCUAACUCGGUGUUGCGAAAGUCCUAGGAGGGAACAGAUGCCAUCUUUCCACGGAUCCUCCAUGGUCAGCUGUCUUUCCUUCCUCCUGUUGACGACCUAUCGAUGGUGACAGCUACGGGAGUGCGGUACUUACGGUGGCAUGGUUCGCAAGUGGUCCCUUGCACCACG